UUUAUGAUGUCAUCGGUUACGACGGAAAACAAACUCCCACAGGCCGUGAGCCUGCAGGGAGUUGACCCAGAAACAUGCAUGAUUGUAUUUAAAAACCACUGGGCACAGGUUGUGAAGAUCUUAGAGAAGCACGACCCCUUGAAGAACGCCCAGGCAAAGUAUGGAUCCAUCCCUCCAGAUGAGGCCAGUGCUGUACAGAAUUAUGUAGAACACAUGCUCUUCUUGCUGAUCGAAGAGCAAGCCAAGGAUGCUGCGAUGGGGCCAAUUCUGGAAUUUGUGGUCUCUGAGAACAUCAUGGAGAAACUCUUCCUUUGGAGCUUGCGGAGGGAAUUUACUGAUGAGACUAAAAUCGAGCAGCUCAAGAUGUAUGAGAUGCUGGUCACUCAGUCACACCAGCCUCUGCUGCACCACAAGCCCAUCCUGAAGCCCCUGAUGAUGUUGCUGAGCUCUUGUUCGGGAACAACCACCCCCGCUGUGGAGGGGAAGCUGGUUGUCCUGCUCAAUCAGCUUUGUUCCAUCCUUGCCAAAGAUCCAUCUAUUCUGGAACUCUUCUUCCACACUAGUGAGGACCAAGGGGCCACCAACUUCCUCAUCUUCUCCCUUCUGAUUCCCUUCAUUCACCGAGAGGGGACAGUAGGUCAGCAGGCCCGGGACGCUUUGCUGUUCAUCAUGUCUCUGUCUGCUGAGAACAGCAUGGUAGCCCAUCACAUCGUGGAGAACACCUACUUCUGUCCAGUACUUGCGACCGGGCUCAGUGGUCUCUACUCUUCGCUGCCCACAAAGCUAGAAGAGAAGGGUGAGGAAUGGCACUGCCUUCUCAAAGACGACUGGCUUCUGCUCCCCUCUCUCGUGCAGUUCAUGAACUCCCUGGAGUUUUGCAACGCCGUCAUCCAGGUGGCUCACCCCUUGAUUCGCAAUCAGCUUGUCAAUUAUAUUUACAAUGGGUUCUUGGUACCAGUCUUGGCUCCUGCGCUCCACAAGGUGACUGUGGAGGAGGUCAUGACCACAACUGCGUAUCUGGACCUCUUCCUGCGUAGCAUCUCCGAACCAGCGCUACUCGAGAUCUUCCUCCGUUUUAUCCUCUUGCACCAGCACGAGAAUGUCCACAUCCUAGAUACUCUCACGAGCCGAAUCAACACCCCAUUUCGGCUCUGUGUGGUGUCCCUGGCAUUAUUUAGAACUCUCAUCGGUUUACAUUGUGAAGAUGUGAUGUUACAACUAGUUCUAAGGUAUCUGAUCCCGUGCAACCACAUGAUGCUGAGCCAGAGAUGGGCCGUGAAGGAGAGAGACUGCUACUCUGUUUCUGCGGCCAAGCUGCUCGCGCUGACCCCCGUCUGCUGCUCCAGCGGGAUCACCCUGACACUUGGCAACCAGGAGAGGGAUUUUAUUCUCUGGUCAAAGUGUACGCACGAUAGUUCAGGGACCGUGGAGCAGCCCCGGGCCGAGGCGUUCUCUCCGUCGGCCUGCAUCGUGGAGUAUGGCAAAGCCCUGGACAUCAGCUACCUGCAGUACCUGUGGGAGGCCCACACCAACAUCCUCCGCUGCAUGAGGGACUGCCGAGUCUGGUCCGCCCUGUACGACGGAGACUCCCCUGACCCUGAGACCUUUUUCCCGAGUCUGACGGAGCCCAGUGCUCUCACCUCCCCCUGCCCCGUGGUCCGGCUCCCACAGCAACUCCCCAGGAAGACCGGCCCCGUGCUGGCUCCCGGGAAGGAGAGGAGCCAGACCGAACUGGAGUGGGACGACAGCUACGACACGGGCAUCUCCUCGGGGGCAGACGUGGGCUCCCCCGGGCCUUCCGAUGAAAUGGAGACUUCGGGCCCGCCGGCGCCAGCUGAUCCCCCCAGACACAUCCAGGAGAUGAAGAAGAACGCCAUCCUGCUCUUCAAAGGGUCCUACAUCGAAGAGUCUGACUUUCAGGAUGAUGUGAUAGUGUACAGACUGUGUGCCGAGAAGGACGCUGAGGACGCCGGGAAUUCCCAGGAGGGAAGCGCAAGGCCCUCCCGCCCCGGCCAGACUGAGGAUCGGGGUGCCCCCCUGAGCAACGGCCCCCUGCCCAGCCCUCAGCCAGAAACAGAUUCAGAGGAGGACAGGGACAGGCACAAUUCAGAUCCGUUUCAAAAUGUAUCCAAGGAACCAAAACAAGAAGAUGAGCUUGAAGGAGCCCUAGAAUCAAACCCUGAGUUAGCGCCUCCGCUCUCCGAGGCAGAACACAAGUCAGACCUGAUGGUCAUCAACCCGGGGGGUGAAGAUUUCAUUGCCCAGUAUGACCAGAUCAUUAAGGAACUGGAUUCUGGCACCGAGGGCUUGAGAGAACAGAAUUUCCCCGCACCCGAUCUCUUGCAUCUCCCGAAAGAGCAAGAGGGGAAGGAAGAAGAGAGUGAAGGAGAAAAGGAGGAAGCGGAGGAGGGGAAGAAGGCCCUGGAGGAAGAGGAGGAGGAGGACGACGACUUUGAUUCUUUUAUAGCAGAAACCCCCACUGUUGAUACCGUGCCAUCCCCAUUUGGGGCGAGAGAUGAGGCUGCCUUUGCCAGUCACCAUCCUGUGAGGACUCAGAGCACCCCAUUCACAGGCCCAUUCAUCAGCGUGGUCCUGUCAAAGCUGGAGAACAUGCUGGAGAACUCUCUGCAUGUUAAUUUGCUGCUUAUUGGGAUCGUUACUCAGCUGGCCAGCUACCCCCAGCCACUCCUGCGCUCCUUUCUGCUCAACACCAACAUGGUCUUCCAGCCGAGCGUCCGUUCUCUCUAUCAGGUCCUCGCAUCGGUGAAAAACAAGAUCGAGCAGUUUGCUUCUGUGGAGAGAGACUUCCCAGGGCUCCUCAUACAAGCCCAGCAGGACCUGCUCUUCCGAGUGGACAUGUCUGACCUGACCCCUGAGUCGCUAACCAAAGAUCCCAUUCAGGAUGCUUCCAGGCCAGGAAUCGGCAAGAACCUUUUGGAUGGUCCCCCAAGAGUGCUUCAGCCCUUCCUGACAAACAGAGCCAAGGUGGCUGGGGUGCCCCCAAGCCUGCCCCUACCGGUGAGGAACACCAUGCUGGCCGCCGCCCUCUUCCCCGAGUUCCUGAAGGAACUGGCUGCCUUGGCCCAGGAACACUCCAUUCUGUGCUACAAGAUCCUAGGUGACCUUGAGGACUCCUGUUGGUAGCUUUUUUUUUUUUUUUAAAUAGAGGUUCUUGUUUUUUAAGGUUUUAGUGUCUUGACUGAAUGUUAAAUGCAAAGCUGCUUACAAGAAUUUCUACUUUGACAUUUCCUGACAAUACUUGAUUUGUGGGGAGGGCGAUUUUCUGUAUACCUCCUCUCUAGCCGGGUCUUUCCACCUUAUAUAGAAUAUAAGUCUCAUAAGCUGGUGGCUCCUUUGGCAGGUUUUCUUUCUUCCCCAAGUUUUCCGACUGUUAUUCUCCCAUCCCUUUGAGUCACUCAUCUUGCAGCUGAGAUCCCAUUAAGCAAAUACUGGG